AUGGGAUUGCUGCCACCUACCAAAAUUGAAGCAGUGCUGCACACUGAACCCAAGCCUGACUCUAUCAUUUCCAAUGCGUAUAGCAGGUCAUUGGUGGGCUACUAUCUACGGUCCAAAGAUCAAUGUUUGAAGUUGGUGUCGGCGGAACUAGCAACAGAAAGAACUAUCCAAGGCCACCAGUCUCUGCUCAUUACCAUCAUUCUCCUCGCCUUUUUGGAUAUCUUUGAAAGUGGUUCUGGUGCUUGGAGCUUUCACAUUGAAGGUAUCAAGACGAUGCUCGCAGCUGGAACAAUGACGGGCACUUCAUCUUGGGAUGAUAACCUUCAGAACCUACUUCGUGAGGCUGCCAUGCUUCAAACGCUUGGAUCUUCUCUCGCAAAACCCGGUGCUCUGACAAGUGCGUCUACAUUAUCUCCGAUGCAGACCACAGCUUUCUCAGCCAUGACUCCAAUUGGAUGUCCGAUUGAGAUCCUUUCCGCUAUUGAGAUAUUUGCCUCUCAGCGACGGCUCGACUCUGUCCUCGCUGUUUAUAACACGAAUAUCCACGUUCUCGAGGAUACACUAUAUCGAAUACGCUCGUACGAUAUAGUGUCUUGGGCUGUGAAUAACACUACUCAAGUUCCUGCAGUGUCGUUGGAAGAUCUAGUGCAUCUUGGUACGAUCUGGAGGCGAUCUGCUGAAAUUUAUGGAGCCAGUAUUCUCUCUUGUCUUACAGCGUGUACUCUUAGUUCUGACUCACCAGGUGUUCAGGAUCUCAUAGUGGAGUACGCGUUUCUAGAGAGAGACUCUGAUGAGCUUAUCAAGUGCUUGAUAUGGCCGACAUUCAUCGCUGGGGCAGCGAGUACUGGGUCCGAAGAUCGGACUUGGGCACUCAAGACCUUGGACAGGAUCUGGCAUAUCGGGCAUUGUGCAAACACCAGAAACGCUGUCAGCGUUCUGCAAAUAUUGUGGCAGAAAUAUGACCGACUCAACAUUGCUUCAUCUUCUACACUUUGUGGUCCUCAUGUCACUGACUUCUCACCAACGAAUCACUCGAAUUGGGACUGGCUCAGAGAACUAUCACAUCUGGAAGGCUCUUGGCUUUUUAUUUGA